AUGAUUCGUUCUACUACUCUUGUCUGUGCCAUUGGCUCUAUCAUCGUUCUGGCUCUGGUUCAAGCGUCGCCACUACCAGUCUCUCAAGAUAUUCCUACCGCUAUUGACACUCUUGGAGAAACAAGAGUGAAGAGACAGGGAGGAGGUGGCUGCGGGUGCUGCGGAUGUGGAUGCGGGUGCUGCGGAUGCGGUGGAGGAGGAGGAGGAGGAUGUGGAUGCUGCUGCUGCCGUCCAAGAUGUUGCUGCCGAUGCUGCUGCACAAGAUGUUGUACUUGCUGUAGAACUUGCUGCCGUACAUGCUGUCGUCCAUGCUGUGGAUGUGGAUGUGGAUGCGGCUGCGGAGGAGGAGGACGUAAGAGACGUUCUCUCCAAAACCUCCGUAUCAAGCUUGCUGACAAGGUUGAGAAAGAAAUGAACGAUUUGUUAGGACUUGUUGCUUCUGAUGCUGUCAACCAAACAGUCGAGGAGUCUUCCAUCGAGGACAAACAAGAGAGCGAAGAAACGAAGAACUCCAACAGCUCCGAAUAG